CCUCUCAUUAUUUUUGGGUCCGGUGGCUUUUCCUUCUCUUAUGAAGUCAGCACAACCAAAAACCAAACAUGACUACUUCUGCUACUUGCCAUGUUUGACUCCUCAAAUGCCGCGAUCUAGUUUAACUUACUUAUUCCAAUCUCCCCCUGCUCAAAUUUUCGAAGAGCAGUAAGAUGGGAGGAGGAACAUAACUGCCGAGUUCACUUUGUCUUCAUGAUUAAAAUGGCUUCCUCAUCUACGGCGUCGUUUCGCAACUCCCUCCUGUCCUCCUCCCUCUCCUUUCCUUCUUCUUCGGACACCAAAAAUGGCGCCUUUACUUUAUCUUACUCUACAUCAAACCCGCCUCUGCUCCUGCUGAAAAGCUCGGAUCAUGAUUAUCGGCUAUGUCGAAACGCACCGUUUUGGGUCGUUUCGGAUUGCAAACCGAGAAGCUGGAUCACAGCCAGGAGGGAUGUCAGGCUGCAGGCAUCGGUGGUGAAAACGACCUCCGCCGAGGUCUCUAAUUCGUCGACAACAAAACGACGAGUCGUUUUGAGCUCGUUACUGACCGUUGCCCUCGCCGUCGGCAACAAGGUUCUUUACAAGCUCGCCCUCGUCCCCAUGAAACACCACCCCUUCUUCUUCGCCCAAUUCACCACCUUCGGAUAUGUGAUUAUAUACUUUUCAAUAUUGUACCUGCGGUAUCGUUCUGGGAUGGUGACUGAUGAAAUGAUUGCCCUUCCCAAAGCUCCCUUUGUGGCCAUUGGUGCAUUGGAUGCCCUCGGAGUCGCCGCGGGGAUGGCGGCCGUAGCCAUGCUUCCGGGACCGGCCAUACCCUUAUUGAGUCAGACAAUGUUAGUGUGGCAGUUGGGUUUUUCUUCUUUUAUCUUGGGAAAAAGAUACAGAUUCAAUCAGAUUGUUGGCUGCAUCCUUGUCGCUGUAGGUGUAGUGUUAGCUGUUGCAAGUGGGUCUGAUUCUGGCCGGAUGCUGUCUGGAGUUAAGCCUGUGUGGCCGAUACUACUAAUUGCUUCAAGUGCUUUUCAAGCUGGUGCAUUUAUCAUCAAGGAAUUUAUCUUUGUUGAUGCCCCUGUCCACCUUAAGGGAAAAUCACUCGACAUAUUGGUUGUCAAUUCUUUUGGAUCUGCAUAUCAGGCUCUUUUUGUACUUCUGUUUCUACCUUUCUUAUCAAAUAUGAGAGGCAUACCAUUUGCCCAACUUCCUGCAUAUCUAAAAGACGGUGCUGGUUGCUUUUUAAACAUUGGAGCUGGUGCAUCAGGUUGUAAUGGAGCUCCAUUGCUCCCCCUGCUUUACGUAGCUACCAAUCUGUUGUUCAAUAUAUCCUUGAUGAAUGUGGUAAAGAUUUCAUCGGCAGUUGUUUCUUCUCUCGUUGUGAUGUUUUCAGUGCCAAUUUCGAUUUACGUUCUUUCCCUUCCAUUGCCAUAUCUUGAAGUGGGUGCAACUUUGAGCCCCUUUUUCCUGUUUGGUAGUGCGAUUCUUGUCUUGGGUCUUAUUUUAUACAGCAUACCCCAGCCUGCCAAGGGUUGCUCUAAGAUUAAUUGAAAUAAUUUUUGUUAGAGAUGUUACAUGACCAUAAUUUGUUAAA